AAGGCGCGGGUGUGAUGCGGCAUUGCGGUUCUGAGGCCGUUACUCCGGCUCCUCGGGAGAGGGCGGUGGAGGGGACUGGAGCGCGCCGCUGAUUUUUUUUUUUUUUUUUUUUGUGCCGGGGCUUCACAGAGGCGUCUUGAAAAGCCGGGCAGGGCAGGGGAGGCUGGGGCGUUAGGGGCACACAAGCGAGCCCCCACGCCCCCCAGGAGGGGAAGGGGGCUGGAGGCGAGGCUCCAGGGCCCGCGAAGGAUGGUGUCUGUUCGGGGGGAAGGGGCGAGCCCUGCGUGGCUGCGGUGAGGCGCCGGCGGGCCGGGGAGGCUGCGCGGGCGAGAGCGGCUCCAUGCCCGCGGGCGGCUGGAACGUGCUGGGCGGAACGCGGAGGCCGAGCUGGCCGGACGCUCGGGACCCUCGGCGGGGGCUCUAACGUGCUCGUUCAUCUGCCCACGUUGGGUCAGCCCUCUGGGUGUGGGUGAGCAGUUUCUCUGCUUUGGCUUCCGAGGCACCAGACAACCUUGACGGGCUUUUUUUUUUUUUUUUUUUUUUGUCUUGCCUCUCCAUCCCCCUUUCUCCUUCUUCCUCCUCCAGAUGCCUUUUCUCUGCCCCUCCUCGCCCCGCACAGACAUUUCCCUUGCAGGCGGCGGCGGCUGCGGCUGCUGCUGCUGCUGCUCGUGGCGGCUGUCGAAGCCGCUUGGAGGAGGGGGUUCUGCUGGUUUCCGUCUGGGAUAUUCUUUAAGGAAGGAGAGUUUUCCUCCCUUCCACGAUGACAUUGUCUUUCCGUCUCGAAAUGGCCUUUCAUUGAUUUCUACGGACUUUUAACGUUUAGUGGCCAAUUCGCUAGGCGUAUUUUUUUUGUGUGUGUUAGUUCCUUUUUUUUUUUUUUUUCCUUUCUUAACCCUUUUUAAAUACAUUAUCUGUAAAAUGGAGAACGAGAUUUUCACUCCGCUUCUGGAGCAGUUCAUGACCAGCCCCUUGGUCACUUGGGUUAAAACGUUUGGACCUCUGGCUGCAGGAAAUGGAACUAACCUGGAUGAAUAUGUGGCUUUGGUGGACGGGGUAUUCUUGAACCAGGUCAUGCACCAAAUUAAUCCUAAAUCGGAGAGUCAGAGAGUAAAUAAAAAAGUCAACAAUGAUGCUUCACUUAGGAUUCACAAUCUAUCCAUCUUGGUGAAACAGAUAAAAUUUUAUUACCAGGAGACUUUGCAGCAGUUGAUAAUGAUGUCAUUGCCAAAUGUCUUAACCCUUGGCAAAAAUCCUUUUUCUGAGCAAGGCACAGAAGAGGUUAAAAAGUUGCUUUUGCUUUUACUGGGUUGUGCAGUUCAGUGUCAGAAAAAAGAAGAAUUUAUUGAAAGAAUUCAAGGUUUAGAUUUUGAUACAAAAGCAGCAGUUGCUGCACAUAUUCAAGAGGUAACCCAUAAUCAGGAAAAUGUGUUUGAUUUGCAAUGGAUGGAAGUGACUGAUAUGUCUCAAGAGGAAGUAGAACCACUCUUGAAAAAUAUGGCAUCACAUCUGAAAAGACUUAUAGAUGAGAGAGAUGAACAUUCAGAGACUAUUGUAGAACUCUCUGAAGAGCGGGAUGGUCUUCAUUUUCUUCCCCAUCCUUCUUCAUCUGCACAAUCACCCUGUGGUUCUCCAGGCAUGAAGCGGACAGAAAGUCGACAACAUCUAUCAGUAGAACUGGCAGAUGCUAAAGCCAAGAUAAGAAGACUUAGGCAGGAAUUGGAAGAAAAGACUGAACAGUUGUUGGACUGUAAACAAGAACUUGAACAAAUGGAAAUAGAACUGAAAAGACUGCAACAAGAGAACAUGAAUUUGCUUUCGGAUGCUCGUUCUGCAAGAAUGUACCGAGAUGAAUUGGAUGCAUUACGAGAAAAGGCUAUCAGGGUUGAUAAGCUUGAAAGUGAAGUCAGUAGAUAUAAAGAGAGAUUACAUGAUAUUGAAUUUUAUAAGGCAAGAGUUGAGGAAUUAAAAGAAGACAAUCAAGUUUUAUUAGAGACAAAAACCAUGUUGGAAGACCAAUUAGAAGGAACUCGAGCUCGUUCAGAUAAAUUACAUGAACUAGAAAAAGAGAAUUUACAACUAAAGGCUAAACUACAUGAUAUGGAGAUGGAGCGUGAUAUGGAUAGAAAAAAGAUUGAGGAAUUAAUGGAAGAAAAUAUGACUUUGGAAAUGGCACAGAAACAAAGUAUGGAUGAAUCAUUACAUCUUGGAUGGGAACUGGAACAGAUAUCCAAAACUAGUGAAAUAUCUGAAGCACCACAGAAAUCCUUGGGCCAUGAGGUGAAUGAGUUGACAUCAAGUAGAUUAUUAAAGCUGGAGAUGGAAAACCAGAGUUUGACGAAAACUGUAGAAGAGCUUCGGAGUGCUAUGGAUUCUGCAGAAGGCAGCACUUCCAAAAUACUGAAAAUGGAAAAAGAAAAUCAAAGACUAAGCAAAAAAGUUGAAAUCCUUGAAAAUGAGAUUAUUCAAGAAAAGCAAAGUCUUCAGAAUUGUCAGGACUUAAGCAAGGAUCUUAUGAAGGAGAAAGCCCAGCUUGAAAAAACAAUUGAAACUCUUAGAGAAAAUUCAGAGAGACAGAUUAAAAUACUGGAACAGGAAAAUGAACAUCUGAAUCAAACCGUGUCUUCCUUAAGGCAGCGUUCCCAGAUAGGUGCUGAAGCAAGAGUGAAAGACAUUGAGAAAGAAAAUAAAAUUCUCCAUGAAUCUAUUAAAGAAACAAGCAGCAAGUUAAGCAAGACUGAAUUUGAAAAAAGACAGAUUAAAAAAGAACUGGAACAUUUUAAAGAGAAAGGAGAAAGAGCAGAAGAACUUGAAAAUGAGUUGCAUCGUCUUGAAAAAGAAAAUGAGUUGCUACAGAAAAAGAUAACCAAUUUAAAAAUUACUUGUGAAAAAAUUGAAGCCUUAGAACUAGAAAACUCAGAGCUAGAAAGGGAAAAUAGGAAAUUAAAAAAAACAUUAGAUAGUUUAAAAAACCUUACUUUUCAGUUAGAAUCCCUAGAAAAAGAGAAUUCUCAACUUGAUGAGGAAAACUUAGAACUGCGAAGGAAUGUAGAAUCCUUGAAAUGUGCAAGUAUGAAAAUGGCUCAGCUACAACUAGAAAAUAAAGAGCUGGAGAGUGAAAAAGAGCAACUUAAGAAAGGUUUAGAGCUCAUGAAAGCAUCUUUCAAGAAAACAGAACGCUUAGAAGUUAGCUACCAGGGUUUAGAUACAGAAAAUCAAAGACUACAAAAAGCUCUAGAAAACAGCAAUAAAAAGAUUCAACAACUAGAGUCUGAACUUCAAGACUUAGAGAUGGAAAAUCAAACAUUGCAAAAAAACCUAGAGGAGUUGAAAAUAUCGAGCAAAAGAUUAGAACAACUGGAAAAAGAAAACAAAUCAUUGGAGCAAGAGACUUCCCAACUAGAGAAGGAUAAGAAGCAGCUGGAAAAGGAAAAUAAGAGACUCAGACAACAAGCAGAAAUAAAAGAUACCACAUUAGAAGAGAAUAAUGUGAAAAUUGGAAAUUUAGAAAAAGAAAACAAAACCUUAUUCAAAGAAGUUGGCAUUUAUAAAGAAUCUUCUCUUCGUCUAAAAGAAUUAGAGAAAGAAAAUAAGGAGCUUGUAAAAAAAGCAACCAUUGACAUAAAAACUUUGGUUACAUUACGAGAGGAUUUGGUGAGUGAAAAAUUGAAGACUCAACAAAUGAAUAAUGAUCUUGAAAAAUUAACUCAUGAACUUGAGAAGAUAGGGUUAAAUAAAGAGCGACUCUUACAUGAUGAACAAAGUACUGAUGAUAGAUACAAACUUUUGGAAUCAAAAUUAGAAUCCACUCUCAAGAAGUCCCUUGAAAUAAAAGAAGAAAAAAUUGCUGCUUUAGAAGCUCGAUUAGAAGAAUCUACAAAUUACAACCAGCAGUUGCGACAAGAACUUAAAACAGUUAAAAAGAAUUAUGAAGCUCUUAAACAGAGACAAGAUGAAGAAAGGAUGGUACAAAGCUCUCCUCCAACAUCUGGUGAAGAUAACAAAUGGGAGCGAGAAAGUCAGGAAACAACUAGAGAACUUCUGAAAGUUAAAGACAGAUUAAUUGAAGUAGAAAGAAAUAAUGCUACAUUACAAGCAGAAAAACAGGCAUUGAAGACUCAACUGAAGCAACUUGAGACACAGAACAAUAAUUUGCAGGCUCAGAUUCUUGCACUUCAGAGGCAGACAGUGUCAUUACAGGAACAGAACACUACCCUUCAAACUCAGAAUGCCAAACUUCAGGUAGAAAACUCCACACUAAACUCCCAAAGUACAUCACUGAUGAAUCAGAAUGCACAACUCCUAAUUCAGCAGUCUUCUUUAGAAAAUGAAAAUGAAUCUGUAAUCAAAGAGCGAGAAGACCUGAAAUCUCUCUACGACUCUUUGAUCAAAGAUCAUGAAAAGCUGGAACUACUUCAUGAACGUCAGGCUUCAGAGUAUGAGUCUCUCAUUGCUAAACAUGGAACUCUAAAAUCUGCCCACAAGAAUCUUGAGGUGGAGCAUAAAGACCUUGAAGAUCGGUACAAUCAGUUACUAAAGCAGAAAGGACAGUUGGAAGAUUUGGAAAAAACAUUGAAAGUAGAACAGGAGAAAAUGCAACUUCAAAACAAAAGUCAUGAGACUAUAGCUGCAGAAUAUAAGAAACUUUGUGGUGAAAAUGAUAGACUGAAUCACACAUAUAAUCAGCUUUUAAAAGACACUGACGUUUUACAAACUGAUCAUAAAAACUUGAAAAGUCUUCUAAAUAGUUCCAAACUGGAACAAACAAGAUUAGAAGCAGAAUUUUCAAAGCUAAAGGAACAAUACCAACAGUUGGACAUCACAUCCACCAAACUAAAUAACCAGUGUGAGUUACUAAGCCAACUUAAAGGGAAUUUAGAAGAAGAAAACCGACAUCUACUAGAUCAAAUUCAGACAUUAAUGCUACAGAACAGAACACUGUUGGAGCAGAAUAUGGAAAGCAAGGAUCUUUUUCACGUUGAACAAAGACAGUACAUUGAUAAGUUAAAUGAAUUAAGGCGACAAAAAGAAAAAUUAGAAGAGAAAAUUAUGGAUCAAUACAAAUUUUAUGACCCAUCUCCUCCUAGAAGGAGAGGCAACUGGAUUACUUUAAAAAUGAGAAAAUUGAUAAAGUCUAAGAAAGAUAUUAAUCGAGAACGUCAGAAAUCUCUAACAUUAACACCAACCCGCUCAGACUCCAGUGAAGGAUUUCUUCAACUCCCCCAUCAAGACAGUCAAGAUAGUUCUUCAGUAGGUUCAAACUCUUUAGAAGAUGGCCAAACUAUGGGAACCAAGAAAAGCAGCAUGGUUGCACUGAAAAGACUGCCCUUUUUGAGGAACAGACCGAAGGAUAAAGACAAAAUGAAGGCCUGCUACCGACGUUCCAUGUCCAUGAAUGACCUGGUGCAGUCCAUGGUCCUAGCAGGAGGACAGUGGACAGGUAGUACUGAGAAUUUGGAGGUUCCUGAUGAUAUUUCAACGGGUAAAAGGAGGAAAGAAUUGGGAGCUAUGGCCUUCUCUACCACAGCCAUCAACUUUUCAACUGUCAACUCUUCUACAGGCAUCAGAUCCAAGCAGUUGGUUAAUAAUAAAGAUACUACAUCAUUUGAAGAUAUAAGUCCACAAGGUAUUAGUGAUGAUUCUAGUACGGGAUCAAGAGUUCAUGCUUCAAGACCAGCCAGCCUUGAUAGUGGCAGAACAUCCACUAGCAAUAGCAAUAAUAAUGCAACACUCCAUGAAGUCAAAGCAGGUGCAGUUCAUAUCCAAAGCAGGCCACAAAGCCACAGCAGUGGAGAAUUUAGCUUGCUUCAUGAUCAUGAGGCUUGGUCCAGCAGUGGUAGCAGUCCGAUCCAGUACUUGAAAAGACAAACCAGAUCAAGUCCAGUGCUUCAGCAGAAAAUGCCUGAAACACUAGAGAGUAGAGCAUAUCACAGGAUCAAAACUGGUUCCCCUGGAAGUGAAGUUGUUACUCUACAACAGUUUUUGGAAGAAAGCAACAAGCUUACCUCAAUACAGAUUAAAUCCUCAAGUCAAGAGAAUCUUUUAGAUGAAGUAAUGAAAAGUUUGUCUGUCUCUUCUGACUUUUUGGGGAAACAUAAACCAGUUAGCUGUGGUUUGGCCAGAUCAGUAAGUGGAAAAACCCCAGGAGACUUCUAUGAUAGAAGGACAACUAAGCCUGAACAAUUUGUGAAACUUGGUCCUCGAAAGACUGAAGAUACUUAUUCCAAUAGUUCUCCAGGAAAACCAACACCAAGCACCCAAGGAAAGAGAAAAUUAGUAAAAGAAAUUUCCUUAUCACGACAAUCAAAAGAUAAUAAUCCUUAUGCCACUUUACCUCGUGCAAGCAGUGUAAUCUCUACUGCUGAAGGAACUACUCGAAGGACAAGCAUCCAUGACUUGUUAACUAAAGACAGUAAACUACCUAUAUCAGUUGAUUCACCACCAGCUACUAUUGAUAGCAUCAUCACUGCAGCACCUAGUGAGUACCGUUUACACCAGUGGUCCUCUCAUUCACUUUACAAUACAAUACAUGCUAUGGAUUCUCCUGCCCAAAAUGGUUUAGCUACAGAUGUGCCUGAGUCUUUAUAUGCCCAGGAUAGGAACUCAAGAACAGAAAGGUCACAUUUUCUAAACCAACCUCUUGCCACCACCAUUAGUAUGUCUAAUGAUUCAUUAGGAAUACCAGCUAAAAAUAGCGUAGAGUCAUUUCCUAUGACUGAUCCAUCUCAGCCAUUUUUAUCCCUGAAUACAGAAUUAGUUAGUAAUAUUAGUGGGUUACGCUCCAGGCCAUUCACCAGAGUAGCUGGCCAGGCUUAUGCCUCUUUGAAUAAAGCUGCACAAAAAGAUAGUAAACAGGUUUCUGAUAAUCAGAACUCUAGUAACAGUAGCCCACUGUGUCCUAUAGAUAGCAGUAAUCUUACUCCUCCUGCAUGCCUCGAUUCAGAUGACACAGAAGCUGCAUUACUGGUUUCUGAGGAUAAUCAAACAGUUUGGUAUGAGUAUGGUUGUGUAUAAUCAAAGAUCACAAUAUAAAAUGAUGUUAUUUGAUAUACAUUUAUGCUUCUAUAAUUUUCUUAUUUGAAAAACUGCUGUGAAAAAGUACCAUUUGCCAUUUCCCAGGCUUAUAUUUCUGUUUCUAAGUUGUGACAAAUUGUUCAGCUGUACAACAUGGCACGUAUAUAAUUGUGAAUAUGUAACCCAUGCCUGAACCUGCAUGAAAUAUGAAUUGCAUUGUGCAUUUUUUGCAUGACUUUAUAAACCUUAGCAGUAUAUACUCUGUCACAUUUCUUGUUGCCUGAUAAGAGAUUGUUACUUUGAUGUCUAGACGCAUGUUAAAGUAGUUGCAUGCUAUCAAUAUAAUUACCAAGAAGACAUUUCCAGGUCAUUUAUUUUGCUGCUUCCACAAAACAAAUCUCAUUUUCUUCCUAUCUUCCUGUGCUUCCUUUCCUUGCUGCCUUCUCACUCCUUUGUUUUUUCUAGUAAGUGCAUUUCAUAUUGCACAUGUAUAGUAUCAAAAAAAGACUAUAUGUGUAAAAAAUGUUUUUUCUUUUCUCAUUUAAUACCUAAUGUCCUGCUGCUUUACUUUUAAAGAAAUAGUUAAAACUGCAUCAACACUUAUCUAGAAAAUAUUACGGCCAUAUUUAUCAAAUUGUGCAGAUUUAAAACAUUAAUUUUUUUUUAAAAGCCAUCAACGUUAAAUGUGAUUUAAACACUGACUAGGAACAUUUGCAUUAAUUCUAUUUCUUACCUGUACUUUUCUGCAUCUGGUAAAUAUAAGAGUUCAACUGAAAUAUUCUUCAAGAAGAUUUCUUACUCUGAAUCAGUUAACAUGGUAGUUUUUCCAGUACUUUUUUUUUUUUAUCUAGAACUUGAGAAAUAAACCAAAUCAUACUCUGUUUGAAUUCUGCAUUAUUACUCAUAUUCAAAAAACAAAUAAAUAAAAAUAAGAAGUUCAAAAAGUGAUGAAGGUUGUUACACCAAUAGUUCUGUACUUAUUAAACUAUAUCUUGAAGACAAAGAUUUUAACUCAUUGGCAUUUAGAAGGAAUGCUUUGAAUUGUAAUUUUCUAAGUAGGGAGGAAAUUAUUGUUAAAAGCAUGUUGUUAAAUUGUUAGUUUGGCCAAAGGAAACAGAUCCAUAGAGAAUUAUUGAAAUUUCUGUCCUUUAUAAAUAAAGCCACCCCCAAAAUAAAAUUGUUUUGGAUACUAAAUCCCUUCCUUUUAGACUAUUGACCUUACUUCUUUCUCAUAACCAGCUACUACUAAAAAUAUUUCUAAUGCAGGUAAUCAAAUGAACACAAUUAGAAAUUUUUUAUUUACCACCUGACAUUUUAUUUUAAAAUUUUUAUUUUAGGGGUGGCUUUCUUUCACUAACUCUCUCAUUAAUAAAUAAAUAAAAAUUUUUAAGUUUUAUUCCUAGGUUAUUAAAAGGAAAAAAAGGACAUCAAAAACAUGUGAUGUGCUAGAACUAUGAGAUAACUGACAAGAGGGAGUUGUGUAUUCAUGUAGUUUCAAGGGCCAUGUGGUGGCAACACCUGGUUUAGCGCACAUGUUAUAAUGUGCAAGGUCCUGGGUUUGAGCCCCUGGUCCCCACCUGCAGAGGAAAAGAACCAGACAUCCCUCUGGUGCAUGUGCUGCCAGGGAUCGAACUCAGGAUCUCAAGCAUGAGAGUCCAACACUUUAUCCAUUGAGCCACCUCCCAGACCACACAGUAAUAAAACUAAAUGGUAAAUAAAAGUGAGAUUAGAUGGAGAACCACAUGG